AUGCAUACCACCACCACCAUCAUCGGAAUGAGUGCAUUCCUCUCCAUCGCUUCUGCAGUCCCAGUACCAGAAUCUCGUUGGCAGAAUCGCCAAUCAUGGAACAACGCACCGGCUGCACCCUCCGCCCCGGCAAGCCCAUUCACAUUUCCCCUAUCGAAUGGCUUUCCAGAUCUGACCGCCGACGCGCUGCAGGCGGUUGAAAUGCAAGGCCAAGGAACAGAGCCCAACGGUGCCGCACCGACAGGUCUGUCGGACGACGACCUGACAAGCUUCCGACUGAUCGCUUUCAACGAGCUGUUCGAAGUUGCAUUCUUCACCGACCUGCUGUACAACAUCACCAACAACGUCGCCGGCUUCAGCAUCGACGACCCAAAGCAAAAGGCAAGCAUGAUCAACGCCAUCACGGCGAUCCAAGCUCAAGAAGAACUCCACGCCGUCAACGCCAACGCAAUCCUUGCCGCCAAUAACCAAGCCGCCAUCCAACCCUGCCAGUACCAGUUCCCCAGCACAACUCUCACAGGCGCUCUAUCGUUCGCCAAGACCUUCACGGACGUCGUGCUAGGCACGCUGCAAGACGUGCAAUUGCACCUGUCGACUAACGGCGCGAACGGCGUCGUGCCCGUCAUCGGCUCCGUGAUCGGACAAGAAGGCGAGCAGAACGGCUUCUUCCGCGCCUCGACCGACCUGAUCCCAUCGGCACAGCCAUUCUUGACACGGUCGAGCCGCGAAUUCGCCUUCUCGGCACUGAACCAGGCCGUCGUGGUUCCAAACUCGUGCCCCAACGCCAACCUCAUCGGUCUCCCAAUCUUCGCGCCCUUGACCGUCAUCACCUCACCCAUCGCUGCCAACGACCAGACACUGCAGUUCUCCGUCGCGGCGGCUCCUCCUGCCGGCGCAUCCGUCGUCUACAUCAACGGCCAGAACACCCCGAUCGUCCAGCCGAUCAGCAAUGUCAACGUGCAGAAUGGUGUCGCCACCUUCCAGGCUGCCUUCCCCUACACGGAGAACUUGCUCAACGGACUCACUAUUGCGGCCUUGGUCAAUGGCAGUGGGCCCUUCGCGGAUGCUGAGGCCGUUGCAAAGGCGACGAUUGCGGGGCCGGGCUUGAUUGAGAUUAAUUGA